AGAGCCACAAGACAAGCUGACCUGCCUUUGACACUCACACACACACUCUUGAUUAACUCCCACACACUCUGCUGGGGAGAAGAGAAGAGCGACUGAGAGGAUCGGGUGAACCAAGAAGAAGAAAGAAAUGGGGAUUUACAUGCAAGAUGUGCCAUGUUAAAGGGAACAGCGGUUAAGGACAAAGACUUACUUGUGAAAAAACAGAAUACAACUACAAUCUAUUUCUCUUUCCUGCACGCAGGCAAGAGGCAAAGAAAAAAACACCAGAAGAUUCCAGGAAUACUUCAACCAGGAUAAACUUAUUCACUGAAGGAAUGAAAGGAAUAUAAGGAAAGGCUGGCUGUUACUGUCUAUUUCAAUUUUUGGAGCCUUAAGUGAAGCUAAGUCCGUGUAUGUGUACAACAGCUCAGCGGGUCACAGAAUGAUCCACUGGGCCCUCAAAGGCAAAACUAGAAAUUGUAAAGAAACACAUGGAAAUCCUCAAGUGAAACUGAACGAGAACAUUCAGCAGGAAAGCCUUUGGAGGUAAUACUAACUUUUAGUGUUAAGUGUGCUGUUGCUGCUUCCACGGUUGAACCUGCAAGCUGCCAGUGUGCGCCAGAGAGUUUCAAAGAGCAUGUCCCUCAUGCUCCAAGCCUCUCACCUCUCAAAUAAACAGGAAAGUCCGAACAUGUCUGCUGAGGUCCAUUUGGAGCGCCAGAAGAGGGCUGACCUGAGAGCUGUUCCAGCGUUUGCUCCACGUGUCCCUACCGUCACACUUAUCAGCCACCGCGAGCUGAGGGAUAAAUUCACUGCCCACAUACUCCAGCCUGGAAGCCUCGAUCACAACCUGGUGGCCAGCAGCCGUUACAGAUAUAGCGAAGGUAGCAGAGUGCAGAAGGUUGGAACAAUGCCAGAUUCACCUGCGGAUGUGAAAACCCAGCCCAGGUCCACCCCACCCACCAUGCCUCCUCCACCCCCGGCUGUCAGCCAAUCAACCAAUCGCAAUGCUUCGUUCACCCCUACCACCAGUAAAUCAAAUCUGUCAGAUGCCCCUCGGGCCCCUCCGAAACUACUGACCCAGUUCACGCCGCCUCCUCCUCCUGUCUGUUUAUCUGCAGUGCUGAAUGGGAGCAGCCACUCUCCUACAUCGCUAAACGGUGCUCCAUCCACUCCUAACGGCUUCAGCAACGGGCCGGCCAUGUCCUCGACAGCCUCGUUGUCCAACCAGCAGCUCCCGCCGGCCUGCGGUGCCCGGCAGCUCUGCAAACUGAAGCGCUUCCUGACCACGCUGCAGCAAUUUGGCAACGACAUAUCGCCUGAGAUUGGAGAGAGAGUGCGCAGCCUCGUCCUGGGACUGGUGAAUUCCACUCUCACCAUUGAAGAAUUUCACUCUAAACUUCACGAGGCCACCAACUUCCCUCUGAGGCCGUUCGUCAUUCCUUUCUUAAAGGCAAACCUGCCCUUGCUGCAGAGAGAACUGCUUCACUGUGCCAGGUUGGCCAAGCAGACCCCAGCUCAGUAUCUGGCCCAACACGAGCAGCUACUCCUGGACGCAAACGCCAACUCACCACUCGACUCCUCCGAGAUAAUGCUGGAGAUGAAUGAGCAUGGCAAGAGAAGGACCCCUGACAGGACCAAAGACAGCUCUGAGAGAGAUGGGUUGCACCCGGAGCACCUGGCUAAGAGGCCCUGCACCAUCAGCCCCAGCCAACGCUUCAGCCCCAGCACAGGUCUUCCUGCUCACCCUCCUCUCAAUGGACUCCCCACACACCCUCCCAAUGGCAUCCCCCACCCGCCAAACCCCCAAGUGGGACCCCAGCACUAUCGUUUAGAAGACAUGGCUCUGGCACACCAAUACAGAGAUGCUUACAGGCAUAACGAACACCGCGAAGUCCGUGACAGGCACCGGCAGACAGCAGUCCACGGAGCUCGCCAAGAGGAAGUGAUUGAUCACCGUCUUACAGAUCGAGAGUGGGCAGAGGAAUGGAAGCACCUCGAUAAUCUCCUCAACUGCAUCAUGGACAUGGUAGAGAAGACAAGGCGCUCUUUGACAGUGCUGCGCCGCUGCCAGGAGGCCGACCGGGAGGAGAUGAAUCACUGGAUCCGGCGCUACAGUGACGUGGAGGAGAUGAAAAAAGGUGGGAGCAACGGACAGCACUGCCUUCCUCCUCCUCCUCUUCCUCCUCCUCACCACAACUCCUCCUCCAACACAGCUAGCAGCAGCGAGUCACUGCCCGUAGGAACUUCCUCGGCUGCUGAAAGGCAGACAGGCAGACAGACAGAGAUCCAUCGAGACUUCUUACACAGGCCUCCCUCAGGAUACCUCCCGGAAGAAAUCUGGAGGAAAGCUGGUACUACAAGCAUCCCGCUCUCCCCAGCACUAAAGCACCUCCAAAACAAGCAGGAGGAGGCAGUGAAUGAGGUGAAGCGACAGGCGAUGUCGGAGCUGCAGAAAGCAGUGUCAGACGCUGAGAGGAAGGCUCAUGAGAUGAUUUCUGCCGAGCGCUCCAAAAUGGAGAGGGCACUGGCUGAAGCCAAGAGGCAAGCCUCUGAGGAUGCAUUAACAGUCAUCAACCAGCAGGAAGACUCCAGUGAAUCUCAACAGAGCUGCUGGAAUUGUGGGAGGAAAGCCAGCGAGACGUGCAGCGGCUGCAACACAGCUCGCUACUGUGGCUCCUUCUGCCAACACAAAGACUGGGAGAAGCACCACCACGUCUGUGGUCAAGGCCUUCAGGGGCUGCCAGGGGGCAGCAGUGUCCCUCUAGGAACCCCCUCCUCCAGCUCCUCCGCCUCCUCCAGCGCGCCCCCAACUCACUCCGAGCGCACUCCUCCAGGACCCCUGUCACUCGCAGCCCAGAGCAGUAUUGCGGGAGGGGCCGGCAGCGGAAGUGUUUCUGCCAGCCCCAAAGAGAGCAGUUCCAGCAGUGCCUCUCGCUCCACAACUCCAGCCACCCCCGCACUACUGGAUGCCACCUCUCGCUGACGUCUGAACUUCGUCCCCUCCCUGCAUACCGAAGUGACAGCGCUCACACUCCACACAAAACCAAACUGAGGAAUCUUCAUCGCAAACUGCUCCAGUCCCCUCCUUUACCUCUUAUUUCCCUCAUAUCCCGAUCUGUAACAUCUUCUCUUUAACCUGAUGAUGGACUUGUUUCCUCACCUUCCUCCAGAAUACUUUCUCUUUUACAGCCACAGAUACAAAGAUUGUGGUCUGGGGUUCAAUGUAGUGUAAAGCAUGACGAGUGCAGUGUCUCCUUUCUCUGUUGAAGAAACAUAUCAGAUGUGUUUGCUGAGAACAUGAGCUUUGACUUGAAGAUUUGCCCUCAGUAACGUAAGCAUGGUAAAUAAUGUCCACUAUAAGGGCUGUGAGGAGGCAGCAUCAAUGGGGGAUGACUAGGCCGAUUAGCACCUGGAUAGGAUUUCCCUUUAAUUUAGCACCAAUGAGAUGAGCCCUGAGAUGUGCACUAACAGUCCAAACAGUUCCCAGAUGUGGGACUUUUUCUAGUAUCCUAUUGGAGAAAGGCAAGGAGCAUAAUACCUUUUUUGUUAUUUUUGAGGGAAGGGGUAAAAGUUGGGAUGCGAUUAAUUCCUCAGAAACACAACUUAGUAUUUAUUAAAAGUUCUUUUCUGGCUUUAAGGGAAAACAAAGAGAAGUCCAAAUAUUCUAAAUAAAGAAUAAUAGCGAUGAUGCUGAUGUUGAUUAUGAUAACAGUAAUGAUAUGAAAAAAAUAACUUAAUUUUGAACUGCUAACUACCUUGCUAGCGAGCCAAGAAAAUCUACACCGGACUCACCUCUCUGCACCAUUAUGAACCCAAAUGAUUUCAAAGAUGAAAAAUAACAUGAUCCAAACCUUUGUAUUACACUGCCAAAGUGAGUAAGUAAGCGAUAAAGAGAAGCACUCAUCUUGUAACCAAACACAAAGCAACAUCACCUCCUCAGCAGAUAAGCCAGCCCUGAGACGACCGGGCUGCAGAGGAGCUGCAAAACGGGACCCAGAGACAGCAAACUGUGACCUGCUUUGAUGUGCAGCUGCCUCCUGCAGUCUGGGUAAAAGUACAGCGAUUCCUCAGAGACGGCCCAGACUAGUGAAUAUGGACAAUGCUCUGAACUUACCUACAAGAAAGACUUAAUGAAAUAGAUGGAAACCCUGCAACAGUGUGUUUUUGUUUAAAUGGUAGAGAGGACAAAGAGGAAGGAAAAAAGCUACACAGCCUCAAAGGAGAUGAUGGUGUGUACAUGGCAAAGGAGCUGCCGAAACAGAAAAAAAAACCCUCAACACAAGCUUGAAAACAUUGUCCAAGAUGGCAUUACAAACUAUGGAGAUACGUGGAAGGAUUGUUUGUAAGUUUUUGUUGUUUUUUGUUUUGUUUUUAAUUUACGCUCCACAGCGAGGAGAUCUUUGAAGGAAUUACCUUUACAUUCACUCCCUCCUUUUCCAAAGCAUGAUAAACACAAGACAGAGCCUAAAAAAGGGCGGUGUAGACUUUGUUCUCCUUUCUCUUUCUACCUCCCCUCACCCCUCUCCUCCCUUCCAUGUUCUUCCCCAACUACUUGACUCACAUGUGCCCUACCCCUCCGCUGGCUUUGGACAGAGAGCCACAAAGCAAGCCCCACGGGUAGGGCUGAACCCGCUUGUAGAUAUCGUUCCUCUCUUCAUUUUUCAAUAAUGUCUCUUGUUGCUGAUGUCCACACGUGCUGCCCUUGUGUAUAUCCGGAAAGACGGACUUUUGUUUUUGUUUUGCUACCUUUCACUUUCCUCCUUUGAGUUCGGGUUGAGCAGUGAAGACAGAGCAAGGACGCUUUUGUUUAUGAGAGGAAGGCCUGCAUUGUACUUAUUGUUUGAUUUGUUGAAUCUAUAUCAAUGAGAUGGAAACCCCUCUUGUAGAAUAUUUUGUAUUGCUCGCAUUGUAAGACAGUGAGAGGACGGAGGUGCAAUAUGAAGAGAAUUCAGCUACUGAAUGGAACCUCAGCAACUGCCCAUAGGGUGUCAUAUAAUAUAGAUACAUAUAAAUAUAUUUAAAGUAACAUCAGUAACUUAAUGUGAAUGUACAUAGUAUUUAAAGAGGUCCAAAAAUGUGUUUGCCAAAUAACAGAAACCUUUAAAGUUUAAUGUCCAGAUUUUUUUUCACAGUACAUUUGUUUUUAAAAUUGAUCAAAUUUCUUUUCUCUCAUACAAGUUAAACACUUUUUCAAUUUUCACUCAAAUCAAAGUGUCAUGUGACUCCGAGUGGAGGAAACUGUUGGCAACAGUGGCAAAACAGCUCUGCAUCCUGCAGUAGGUGACUCAACAGUGUGUAUUAAUAGAAAGGCUCAGUGGUAACUCAAUUAGUUUGUUUUUUUCUUCUCAUUUACACCAAUUUUUGGAAAUGUCAUACUUGACACAUCACGUCAAGCACUCAGUUUCUUACCAGCCGUUUAGCUCCAGCGCCCCUGUAGUGAUCCUCUCUCUCUUGGUCCUCAUCAGUCUGCGUGCAUGUGGUUAACAGUGUUUGUUUCUCCCAUGGUGCAGGAUUAAGCGAUACGCCAGUGUUAAGCUACAGUACAUGACAAAUCUAAUUUGAUACCCAAUCUUUAAAAUGUUGUUCUUUACUCCUCGCUGCUUAUUGUUCAUUUGUAAAGAAACAAUUUGAGUAUAAGCUGCGGACCUGGGGGUGGGGGUGGGGUGGGGGGCAGGUCUUUAGUUUCAGGCCAAGAGAGUAGCACGACUUCUUUCGCGCUGUUUUUUCUUUUCCAGGCUUUCCCACACGCCUCAGCAAUAAGGUUAACACGAGAAUACUAAACAGUCAAAAAGCCUUGAAAAAAAUGUGUGUGCAUAUUUUAUAUUGAUUAUUGUAUAGCUUACAUGCUUGGCGUCCUUUGCUUGGACCAAAUGGGGAAAAAAGAGUAACUUUGUUUUUGCAGUUGGGGCAUGGGAAAACAAAAACUCUUUGUUACUUUUUAGUUUUUGUUGGAUUGAUUUUUUUUUUGACUAUCUGAGACCAUAUUUCAAAUGACAUAAGCUGCAAGGUACCCCUUCAUUCGUGUGUAGCAUUUAUGUAUGUGUGUUAGAAUUACCAUGUUAAGGCGCUGACCUCAGCCUAUUUUCUUUUUCUGUGACUUGUUCCUUUUACCCUGAUGUCGAAUUCCUCCACUACUACCACAAACCACUGCUCACAACCCUCCCUUCACACUAGCUACCUCCUGUGACCAUACAGCUAACCACCAGGAGAGGUUAACCUGGACUUUGAAAAGCUGGGUUGAGAGCAGACAUGGACACACACACACAUGCCCGCUCAAAAGUCGUCAUAAAAGGAAAUAGCGUUGUAGAGAACUGUCUUUACUCAUAAUGUUUAAAUCUAUUUAUUCCUCUCAGACCCUAGUGUCUCUCUUUUUCUUUUCUUUUUUAAAACACAUCCCACUAAAAAGCUGAUACUGCUAGAAUUUAGUAACAGGCACACAUGCAGUCAGACCUCCGUAUUACCAAACCGAUCAGAGAAUUGACCAUGACAUGCCAUUUGUUGUCCAAAACCAAUAAAAGCACAGACCAAAGUACUCCUGUAUUGCCAUAGUAGGUUCUGAAAUGGUGUGAAUCAGCAGACCAGAAGUAAUAAAGGUUAGAGCUCAGCUACACCAGUUAACCAAAGUGUCUGAAAUACACACGCUCAGAGCCCAGGAGUGAAGACCGCCCUCAAUGAACCGGCUGAGUUUCAGAAGUGUAGAAUUAUUAUUCAAGCAAUCAAAGCGCUUGUUGUCUACAUACUGAAAAGUGCUUCUGUAAAAAUAAUAGAAGCCUCUCCUUUCAAACAGCCUACUGAUUGCGUGUUCUUACAGUCACAAAGCCUUGCAGAGAUAAAAAUGAAUGCAUGGUGUGUGUGCGUGUGUGUGCAUAUGGUUGUGUGUGUGUGUUUUUGUAAGUCUUUUUUUCUUUAUGUCUCUGUACAAACUACUUGAAACCUUCAGAGCUUUAAUGAAACAUCCCAGGCCGUGUACAGUGGCACAUUGAUUCACAGUAUGUAGCAGCAGCUUUUUGCAGUACAGUGACACGUUUUUCUAUAACAUCCACGCAACAUUGUGGCGGCAGUUCCGUUCAUCUUUCGAGCGCGCUGCUCGUGUGUGUGCCUCCAUGUCUGUGAGUAAGCCCUCAGAUAAACGAAACAAAGCCAAACCCAACAGACCAUUAUAAAUGACCAAAACACAACCAAAAGCUACAACCAUCUCAGUUCAAUUUUGCUUUGGUUCUAAUUUUUGUGUUAUGUCCCAGCAGUAGAGAACAUCAGCUGUGAUUGAUUGCGUGAGAUAUGAGACUGCAGUUCGAAUCUGCACAGGAAAGAGCAAAAUUGUCCUUCACUCCUCCUGGGUUCAGUGGACAGUAGGAUACAGAAGAUCAGCUGGGGUAAUGAAACAAAUGCAAUUAGUGCAUUAGUGCUGUGGUGUCAUUUACUUUUCUCUGUGAAGAUAUUAUAUAUGGCAAACACAUAAGGGCUCUGCUGUUGUGAAUACCAUCCAAGGGUCUCCAAACACUUUGCAUUGGCCAUGUGUCUUAUUUGUUUAACUAUGUACAUGAUAUGGGCAAAACACAUGUUUAGAGAAGACAGAUAUUAGCAGGUUGGUGUUUGUUCCUCCCAACUCCAACCAGAGAAGCUUCAAAGCUCAUCAGAUGUGACGCUGACUUGUCCUUCCUGUGAAACAGGCUCCAAUAUAUAGCUACAGUAGAAAGCUAAGGUGGCAAACAGUGGAUACAGAACUUGUUUUCCCAAAAGCCAUGGCUCAGGAUGGUCUUGUUUUUAUCUUUACAUAAACUGAAUAAAGGUUUAUGGUUUUUUAUGUGUAGGGAAGCAUUCUAUACUGUAAUGUGCAAUACAUUAUUACAGAAAAACAUGUUUCUGUAGGAAAGGAUGGCGCUUUGAAGAUCUUUUCCCUUUUGUUUAAUUUCCCUCUUCAAACGGUCCUGUUGCCAUUUUUAGAUGAAGUAAACUGUGCCAGAAGAAUUCAAUUCUUAUUUGUAUUUAUUUCUUGCAUGCUUUCCUCCCUGUUGCUAAUACCGCUCUUUAACUGUUCGCUCUGUUGGAUGUGUGAAGCUGUAAAACAUUCUAAUUCAGGUUAUUGUCUGUGUUGAACAAUGUAACUGUGUAAUUAAAACAUGAAAUGAAGUAUUCA